AGGUUCCACCCGUUUUGGCCGCGACCGGGUCGCCAGCGGCGCUCUCCCAUGGAUGGUCGCACUCGGACUUCGGCGUCCCCCGGUCGACCGCGUGGGGUGAAGCGGCUGCGGGAGGGAAACCACGGAAACCACCAGGGUCCAAGUUUCGACAAAUCCGUGGGUUUGUUGGUUGACUCCUCUUACAGGAAUCUUUUACCCGUGCCGGGGGUGCCCAAGAUCCUCACAGCCUCCUUGCCCAUCAGUCAGCUUUGCAGCUACAAGCCUGGCGCCAUCGAAUCCAAAUUCAGGCCAUUUCUCUUCAACCAGAAUAACCUCAUGUCUCGAGUGGACUUUACUUCGGAUGAGGCCUAUGGCAAGGCUGCCGAGCCUGGUUCGAUGGCUCCACCGGCGCCGCCGAUGGACGGCCAGCUGCUGAAAGACGAUGACCUUCCUGACGAAGAGCGAGAACGGCUUCAGAAGCGGGCGAAGUUGUCAGAGCCCACCGAGGCCUAUCACCGGCAGGCCUUUGGCUUGCAGUUGACUCAACACAUCACCAAUGACGUUUUCACCGAGCGGCAGCGCUUUACCACAGGGCGGAACGCCGCGGAGAAGAAAAUCUUCAGAGAUCCUCCAGGUUACGGAAGCAAAGAGGAGCUUGCCCAAAAGAUUGGCAAGACCUUUCAAGCUGCCAAAGAGGUGCCAGUGCAUCCGACCAAGCCUCAUUUACGGCCGCGUCGGGUCAUGCAAGUGGUUCCAGACAUGAACCUCUGGACCAACCAGUACGUUCAAGUGGCCUUUGACGAACUGCCCAGAGGGCAUCAGAUGUCUCAGCGUGAUAUCCUUCACAGGACAUCACCGAACCCGCGCACCACGGUCUUCGGUCUUUUUGCACCGCGCCAAACAGAUGUGGAUGUCUAUGACAUCAAGCAACAUUACUAUUGGCAAAACCGUGGUGGAUUUCAGCAAGCCAGCGAAACUGGAGAGGGCAAGCACGUGCUCCUGGGCAUUCCGACCGGCCCCCCGCCGGACAGCGGCAGACAGCAGGUGAAGUUCAUGGUCGCUCCGACCACCAUGAAGCUGACCAAGUUGAAGGCCCAUCGUUUAGACAUCAAGGAGGACACCAAGGCCCUCCGAGUGAAUUGGAAAUGACCCGCUCCUCCGCUGUGGCGCUAAUGAUCAAAAAGGGAAAGUCGCUGAGUGCGGGAGUGUUGAAUUGGGCUUUUGUUCUGAUUGUUUUGCAUGAUUGGCUGGAAUCACAAUUGUUCCGCACCAGGAUCAGGGUUGGCGACAAUUCACUCAUGUCAGAUAAUUGACAAUCGAGGUAUAGUACGGCAUAGUCUGGCGUAGCCGUGGUGUCUCUGUUCUGGCUGCUGUCGCACGAUUCCCCGGAUUAUGUGGAUUCGAUCUGUUUAGCAGUGCAUGCUCCACCUGCAGGCUGCGAGCUGCUCGGCACAUCGGCAAGUCGCGUCCCUCCCAUGAACGUCCCCGCCACCUCCGGGCUCCUUUGCAGCGUCGAUCACC